AUGGAUCUGGGGGCUUCAGAAAAUGAUUCCAUUGUCACUGAGUUUGUGCUGCUGGGCCUAACAGAGGCUCCAGCUCUACAGCCCAUCCUCUUCAUCAUCUUCCUUCUCACUUAUGUAGCUGCUGUUGGGGGCAACGUCAGCAUCCUGGCUGCCAUCCUCGCUGAACCCAAACUCCACAACCCCAUGUACUUCUUUCUGGGGAACUUGUCCCUGCUGGAUGUCAGGUGCAUCAGUGUCACUGUCCCUGCCAUGCUGAGGAGCCUCAUGUCCAAUAACAGCAUUUCCUACAGCGCCUGCCUCUCCCAGCUCUUCUGCUUCCACCUCCUGGCAGGCGCGGACUGCUUCCUGCUGACAGCCAUGGCCUAUGACCGCUAUCUGGCCAUCUGUCAGCCCCUUACCUACAGCACCCGCAUGAGCUGGGGAAUCCAGCAAGCACUAGUGGGCAUGUCAUGUGUCUUUUCCUUCACCAAUGCACUGACCCAAACUGUUGCCUUAUCUACUCUUAAGUUCUGUGGCCCCCAUGUGAUCAAUCACUUCUACUGUGACCUCCCACAGCUCUUCCAGCUGUCCUGCUCCAGCACCCAGCUCAACGAGCUGCUGCUUUUUAUAGCAGCAGCCUUCAUGGGUGUGGCCCCCUUGGUCCUCAUCACUGUGUCCUAUGCACAUGUGGCAGCUGCAGUCCUACGAAUCCGCUCUGCUGAGGGCAGGAAGAAAGCUGUCUCCACAUGUGGCUCCCACCUCACUGUGGUGGGCAUAUUCUAUGGGACAGGUGUCUUCAGCUACAUGAGGCUGGGCUCAGUGGAGGCUUCAGAGAAGGACAAAGGGAUUGGCAUCCUCAACACCGUCAUCAGCCCCAUGCUGAACCCACUCAUCUACAGACUCCGGAACCCUGAUGUGCAGGGGGCUCUGCGGCAGGUGUUCACAGGCAGACGGCCUUUGGAGUGA